GCCUAACAAGCGAACGGGGUCACUGGGUACACAAGGUCGGAUGUGCAACGUAACAGCGAAUGACAUGUCUGGCUGUGACCUGAUGUGCUGCGGGCGUGGAAUCAGACAGGAGGUAUUGGAGCUGGAAGAGAACUGCAGAUGUCGCUUCAAGUUCUGCUGUGAAGUCACCUGCCAGAAGUGUCGAAUCAAGAGGAAGAUGUCUUACUGCCUCUGAGCUCAGCAUGAUUACGGAAUAAUUGAUGAUAGCGUCCGGGGAGGGAAGAUUAAACAAACAAACACAAAAUAAAAAAGAGAACUAAGGUGUUAUGAGAGUGUGUAAAUAUACAAAAGAGGAGAGUGGAGUGUGUUUUUUCUAACUGUACUUAUAAUCAGUUUACGCUGAAGAGUGUUGGCGAGACAGGAAAAGUAUUUGUGAAAUGAGGUAAACACUACGUCACUGCACAUGUAAAUGGGGGUCAUGUUGGGACUUCUAUGUUACCUUAAGGAGGUCUUUUUGCCUUGGUGUCUCUUCCUUUGUGUGCUAUAUAGACAGAUGAAAAGGUAUGGGAAAAAAGAAGGAAGUAUUUGAUUAAUUGUUGAGUGCUUCGCUAUGAAAGAAAAGACUCCGGUGCAUUUCUUGUCGUGGUGUAAAAAAAUAAAAAAAUAAAAGUACAUAAUGGUGGAUGUGCUGUUUGUUGUUAAAAACUCUGCAUUGUUUGACAGUCUGUUGCUCUUUACCCCAAUUGGUAGCACCGUAACACUUCUUAAAGAUGCUUUGUAUAUACCAAAAUUGUACUUAUCAGGUUUUUUUUAUUUAUGAUACUAGGCAGUAAGCACGAUGCUCUCUUUCCCAAGUUGUCUCAACCUGACGUUUAACAAGCGAGGCAUUCUGUUCGACUCUGUGUGUAGAAAAUUUUCGACUUCCAUAAGCAAUGGUGUCAGUGUUGUCUCCCAAAAGAAAACAGAACGUGUGGAUUUAAAGAGAUCAUGUAAGGAAAAUGGCUUUAAACAGAAGGCCGAGCAGAGAUGUUGCUUUCUCCACAGAGAUCCUGUUUUCCUGAAUAUCAAAACGUCAACUUAAAACAAUUAUUUCUUGGUCCACACCAAACUUUGGGGUUCAGCAAAAGGAACCAAAAUUAAACAGUGUAACAGUGUUAGGUUCUCGUAAACUGGAGCCUUAACAAAUAGUUUUUGGCUUGCUAACUUUGAAUGGCAGUGUUGAUGCAGCUGUAGUCCUCGAUGUCUGUUAGUCCAUGACUGCAUUUUCCCCUCGAAUAUUGCAAAUUAAAAAAAGAUAAUUUCGCAGUGCCUUACUUCCUUAUUAAAUGGGCAAAGCGACUGAUAAUGCAAGUGCUGGCAUUGAUUUGCAGGGUGCCUUAGUCCGACGUUGCAGCAGCUGUUCUCGCCACCUUCGAAAGGAACCUUGUGGAGUAAUAUAUUGCUCGCUAUGUUGACUGUUAUAAAUGCUCAGUGUGCCUAGUCGCCUCUUGUGCUGGAGUGUCAGCAGCUUUUCUGAUUUUGAGUUUUGUGAUGAGAUAUGGUUAUUUUCCGAGAAACUCGCAGAGAUAUUUGAUGAUUAAUGAUUUCCUGUAUAAAGAUGAUUAUUAAUUCAA